CGCAUCUCCUCCGAUCGAGAGAGAAAGCUCGAUCAUGUCCGAAAGGCACAGCAGCGCUACCACCAUCCCCACCUCCAACCCCCGCUCCAAACCCAAGCCCAUUCCUUUCAAGCCCCAAUCCAUGGUCACUGCCAUCGCCCACCUCCUCCCUCGCCGCCCUUUCCUCUUCCCCUUCCUCUUCUCUUCCCUUUUCCUCCUCUCCAUCCUCGCCCUCCUCCACUCCCCCUCCUCCUCCUCCUCCUCCUCCUCCUCCUACGCUGUGCUUCUUUCUGGUCCUUCUCUUCGCCCCAAGAUCUAUGUCUAUGAUCUCCCUUCUCGUUUCACUACCGGUGUUGUCCGCUCCUACCAUCUCGCCCGUUCCGCUGCUGGCGGUGAUGCGUCCUUGAAGUACCCUGGGCAUCAGCACUCCGCCGAGUGGCACCUCUUCACUGAUCUCCGCAACGCUGGCCGCCGCUCCGACUCUCCUCUCUCCGUCACUUCCGAUCCUAACCUUGCCGACCUCUUCUACGUUCCGUUUUUCUCUUCGCUUAGUCUUAUUGUCAAUCCCAUCCGCCCCGCGAACUCGAAUCCUGCGACACCGUCGGAUUAUAGUGAUGAGGAGAUGCAGGAGCAGCUGGUGGAGUGGCUGGAAGCGCAGGAGUAUUGGAAGAGGAACAAUGGGAGGGAUCAUGUGUUUAUUUGCCAGGAUCCUAAUGCGCUGGCCAAGGUCAUCGAUCGGGUGAGGAAUGGGGUGCUCUUGCUCUCGGAUUUUGGGAGGUUGCGUGGUGACCAGGCGUCUCUGGUCAAGGAUGUGGUUUUGCCGUAUGAUCACCGGAUUAAUUCGUAUCAGGGAGACAUUGGGAUCAAAAAAAGGACCUCAUUGUUGUUCUUCAUGGGCAACCGCUAUCGCAAGGAGGGUGGAAAGAUUCGUGAUACUCUGUUUCAAAUACUUGAGGCUGAAAAAGAUGUCAUAAUCAAACAUGGAGCACAAUCUAGGGAGAGUCGACGCAUGGCGACGCAGGGCAUGCAUUCGUCCAAGUUUUGUCUACAUCCAGCUGGAGAUACUCCCUCAGCUUGCCGGCUGUUUGAUGCAAUAGUUAGUUUGUGCAUCCCAGUGAUAGUGAGUGAUUACAUUGAGUUGCCAUUUGAAGAUGUCAUAGAUUAUAAGAAGAUUGCGAUUUUUGUGGAUACUGAAUCAGCUACAAAGCCAGCAUACUUGACAAAAAUGCUCAGGAGAAUAAGCACAGAAAGGAUUUUGCAAUAUCAGAGGGAGCUAAAAUCGGUCAAACACUAUUUUGAAUAUGAAGAUCCAAAUGGAACAGUGAAUGAGAUUUGGCGACAAGUAUCCUUGAAAGUUCCUUUGAUAAAACUGAUGAUCAACCGAGACAAGCGUCUUCUUAAGAGAGAAACAGAAGAACCUGACUGUUCAUGCAUUUGUUCUCGACAAAAUGAGACAACCACAAACCAGUGGUAGAUAGCUUCAAACCAAUUCACUUCUGCCUUGAGUUUUAUGAUUUUCAAGGUGAAACAUCCCCUCAUAUCCCAAUCAAGACAUGCUCAAAUAUCUCAAAUGUGAAUGCUGAUGGCUCAUCCAUGCUAGUGCAUUCCAAGUUAAAUUUGCCACUGUAGAGUAACACAGCUAUCAGGAGCACAAUGCUCUCCAUUUUUUCAGACAGGACAUGCUUUUCGGCAGCUUGAUUCUGUCAGUUGUAAUUGUACUAUGUGCUCCUUACAUGUUAUGUUGUUUAAAAUAUCAAUGAAAAGUUUUUUUUUUUU